UCAAAAAUUUCCUGACAGGUCAAAAUAUAAUAAUUUUAAAAUAGCUUCCGUUACUUUUCUCAUUUUCCUUCUCUACCUCUUCUCUACUUCACCCCUGCCUCUUCCCCUGCUCCUCCUACUGCUUCUCUUCUUCACCGGCGUCGGAAAAUUUUUGAACGCCGGAACUCCUAAGGCGCCGGCUAGCUCUGGUACUUGUAGCGAGAUGGAAAGUGUGAUACGACUUGUGAAUACACUCCAGAAAACUUGUACUCUUCUCGGCGAUUAUGGUGAUGAUCGCUCUUUGCCAACUCUUUGGGGCUCUCUCCCCACCAUCGUCGUCCUCGGCGGCCAGAGUUCGGGGAAGUCAUCGGUGUUGGAGAGCUUCGUUGGGCGUGAUUUUCUGCCUAGAGGAUCAGGGAUUGUAACAAGAAGGCCUCUGAUCCUGCAACUCUACAAGAUAGAUCCUGGAAAAGAGAAUUAUGCACAGUUUCUUCAUACUGGAGAUAAAAAAUUCAUAGACUUUUCCAUGGUUCGGAAAGAGAUUCAGGAAGAAACUGACAGGGUGACUGGGAAAGCUAAGCAGAUCUCUGCACUGCCCAUUAAUCUCAGUAUCUACUCCCCUAAUGUUGUAAAUUUAACUUUGGUAGAUUUACCUGGUUUAACCAAAGUUGCUGUGGAGGGACAGCCUGAAAGCAUAGUCCAAGAAAUUGAAAAUAUGGUUCGCUCAUAUGUAGAGAAGCCAAAUACAAUCAUCUUAGCCAUAACUCCUGCCAAUCAAGAUCUUGCCACAUCUGAUGCUAUCAAGAUUGCACGAGAAGUUGAUCCAGCAGGAGAACGGACCUUUGGCGUGUUGACAAAGCUUGAUUUGAUGGAUAAAGGAACAAAUGCGCUGGAUGUGCUUGAAGGAAGAUCAUACAGACUGCAACAUCCCUGGGUUGGGGUUGUUAACCGUUCACAAGCUGACAUAAACAGAAAUCUUGACAUGAUUGCCGCCAGGCAUAGGGAGCGGGAAUUCUUUGCAACUAGCCCUGAAUAUGGGCACUUGGCCAGCAGAAUGGGUUCAGAGUAUCUUGCAAAACUUCUUUCCAAGCACCUAGAAUCAGUGAUAAAGGCCCGCAUACCUAGUCUUGUGUCUUUGAUUAACAAAACUGCCGAUGAACUUGAAUCAGAUCUUACCCAUUUUGGCAGACCUGUUUCGAUAGAUGAAGGGGCCCAGUUGUAUACAAUCUUGGAGCUGUGUCGGGCAUUUGACCGAGUAUUCAAGGAACACCUUGAAGGAGGGCGGCCAGGGGGAGAUCGGAUUUACGGAGUUUUUGACCACCAACUCCCUAUUGCUUUGAGGAAGCUCCCUUUUGAUCGGCAUCUCUCACUACAAAAUGUAAAGAAAGUGGUCUGUCAAGCAGAUGGAUACCAACCUCAUCUUAUAGCACCAGAACAAGGUUACAGACGCCUGAUUGAGAGUUCUCUCAAUUAUUUCAGAGGUCCAGCUGAAGCUUCAGUUGAUGCAAUCCACUUCAUCUUGAAGGAGCUUGUCCGCAAGUCAAUUGGAGAAACACAGGAGCUUCGACGUUUUCCAACUCUCCAGGCAGAAAUAGUAGCUGCAGCAAAUGAGGCAUUGGAAAGGUUUCGUGAUGACAGCAAGAAGACUGUGUUGCGAAUGGUAGACAUGGAGGCCUCAUACCUCACUGUGGAUUUCUUUAGAAAACUCCCGCAAGAAGCCGAAAAAGGUGGAAAUCCAAAUGUCUCUGCUGCUGACCGUUACAGUGAGGGGCACUUUAGGCGGAUAGGUUCAAAUGUUUCCUCCUAUGUAGACAUGGUGUCUGAGACUCUCAAGAACAUGAUUCCCAAAGCUGUAGUAUAUUGUCAAGUUCAAGAGGCGAAGCGAACUUUACUAGAUCACUUCUAUACACAAGUUGGCAAAAAGGAGGGCCGUCAGCUUGCUCAGUUAUUGGAUGAAGAUCCAGUGUUAAUGGAAAGGAGGCAGCAGUGCUCUAGGAAGUUGGAGUUGUACACGGCUGCUAGAAAUGAAAUAGAUUCAGUGUUGUGGACAAGAUAAAGGAUUGUAGAUUACAUCUUAUCUGAUGAAAAGAUUGAAUGAUUUAGGUAACUGCAUUUCAUGUUCGGUUGCAAAAUUUUGUUGAUCAUUCCAAUUUAAAUGCAAAAACCUUAAUGUUCA